GGCCGCUGUGGUGACGUCACGUCUCGCCCUGGCAGGUCUCUUCCUUGGGGGCGAAUAACGUGGAUUUCAUGGACAAUGAGCUCUCGGUAGGAGAUUACAACAUCACGGCACACUUCUUCCCAAAAUAAAAGGUCAAGACUUGCGUCUGAUUCAUCUGACCACAAUGCACGUUUCCACUGUGUGAUGGUCCAUCCCAGAUCCCUGCAAGUCUGGAGACGUAGAUACCAGUUUUGGACAGAGUUGUAACACGGCGGGCUGGCCUUUAUGAAGCACAAAGGGAUUUCGUUUUUUUAUUGAGUCACAUGACCUUUUGGUUUAACAAAUCUCUGCGGCUCUGACAGCAUCCACAUCUGGAACAUGUCUCAUAGUUUCUCUGGCUAGUGCGGAUCGCUGGGAAUGCAGGGGUGUUGGCUUCCUGUAUCCACUAGUAUCCACUGAGGACAAGGGUUUUUCUCUGAGAGAAAAAAGAAAAACACUGUGGAGGGAAGAGAAGGAGGGGACUGUGGGAGAAGAAGAGGAAAUAAGAGCUGGGCUUUAAAAUACAAGGCAGUGAGGAGUAACGCUAAGAGUUGCGGUUAGGAAGAGCAUCGGGGAAACAGUCUCAGAGGCUAAAGUGUUCAGAGACUGAAGCUGCUUGUGUGAAGGAGAGCGUGCGCGCCCAUGCAGGUCAAAACUGUGACUUUUAUUAGUGAAGGUUUCUGAGUGAACGACCAUGACUGGAUCUGGCAACAAGUUUUCGGUGCGACGCUGCCUCACCUUUGCCUCGGGCCUGGUGGAGUGUCUGUGUUUCGCCGGAGCUGUGUUUGGAUGGGCUUCUCUCGUCUUUGUCAUCAAGGAGGAGGGCUAUUUCAGCUCUCUGUGCAGCAACACCACAGGAGUCAAUGGCACACAGAUUUUAGACUGCAGUGCACAAGAUGAGCAGUUCUCACUCAUUUUCACCAUCGCCUCCUUCAUGAAUAAUUUCUUCACGCUGCCCAACGGAUUCCUCUUUGAUCACUUUGGCACUAUGGUGUCUCGAUUCGUUGCAAUAUUUCUUUACACCACGGGUACCUUGAUGGUGGCUUUCUCGUCUGCAGUUCUGGCCGACCUGCUCUUCCCAGCUCUGUCCCUUCUGUCUGUAGGCGGCAUCUUAUUUCUCAUCACAAACAUGCAGGUUGGAAACUUGUUCGGCUCGCAUCGCUCCACCAUCAUCACUCUGUACAAUGGGGCCUUUGAUUCUUCUUCUGCACUUUUCUUUGUCAUCAAGGUGCUACACGAGGCUGGUGUUUCUCUCCGAGCCUCCUUCCUCUUUCUGUCCACCUGCAGUGUGGCUCACAUCCUCAGGACUGUAUUCCUGAUGCCUCGAAAGUUCAUCCCCUACCCGCUGCCUGACCGCUACACGUACGGGAUUACUUGUGGCGAAUCAAAGACUAUGAGCGCAGAUGUAGCAACAAAAGAUCCUGAUAAUACGGCAGCAGAAGAGACACCACUCACUAAAGACGCUCCCGUGGAAAAAGGUGAGCUUGUGAAACACAUUAGAAGAUAUAAAACAAUAAUCUAUUUGUCUGCUAUAGUUCCCUUCUCUUGCUUCAUUGCCCCCCCUCCCUGUGUGUUUCUCUCAGAGAAGACCUUCCUUGAGUGUUUGCUGUCCAGAUUCUUUGUGUUCCACACGCUGUGGCUGUCAGUGAUGCAGCUCAGACAUUACCUGUUUAUCGGGACCCUCAACCCCAUGUUGCAGAGGCUGACAGCUGGAGAGACCUCUCUGGUGAGCCAGUACACCAACGCCUUUGCCAUCACCCAGAUGUGCGGCGUGUUGUGUGCUCCCUGGAACGGCCUCAUCAUGGACAGACAUAAGGGCAAACCUCGUGCUGCAGGGGAGACCGAGCAGGAGGCAGACCUGCGGGCCACUGUGCUCUCUUUGUUCCUGACUUCGCUGCAGUGUGUGUUGUUCUCUGUGUGUGCUUCCACCCCCUACCUAUCUCUUCAGUACCUCACCUUCGUCCUGCAGGUGCUCAACCGCUCCUUCCUCUAUGGCGGCAACGCAGCCUUCAUAAGCGUGGCAUUCCCAUCUCGCCACUUUGGGAAGCUGUACGGUUUGGUCAUGUCUCUGUCUGCAGUGUUUUGCUUGCUGCAGUAUCCUUGCUUCACGCUGGUGAAGGGAGUCCUGGAUGGAGAUCCAUUAUAUGUGAACAUUGGUCUGACUUUGCUCAGCCUGCUGGCUUUCAUCCAUCCCCUUUCUGUCUAUCUUCACUGUCGACGUGUCGCCUCCCAGCGAGCCAAAAGUGGAGCCAUCAGUGAUUCCACUUGAACACCCCUUCAAAUGAGAUCAAUGACUUGACCAUUUAAUAUGUGACCAGCAUACUUUUUUAUCCCUUUAUUCCUGGGCUUAUUCUUUUCAGUAUAGUUCGUUCGAGCACCACUUGCACAGUUAUUUCAGACUAUCUGGGUUUUUGGUUUCAUUCAUUAGUAAUAAAACAUAACAUUUUACAAACUAUUACUCUUAUAAAACCAGUAUUAUGAAUCUUAUAUACCAAUUCUGCCUUUAAAUCACUUUAAAUGUUACACACCAGAACCUUUAAUGCAGUAUUCAUCAUUUCAUUAGCAAUAGACUGGAAAGUCGGCAAAAAGAUGUGAAACUGUUCAAAUGCUAACUGCGUUUGAGAGAAUGCAUAAUUGUGUUCAGUUUACAUUUAUAUUUUUAUGAAAUGGGUUUUUCUUUUAUUCUCUAUAAUUUUUAGAGUUUGAGCUCGUUGUUAGCUGUUUCCUGGAGCAUCUCAGCACUUAAUUACAGCCAGUCAGGUGGUACUAAUGUGCUGUUUGGAUUUUUAUUUUUCACCUUUAGUGCUAAGUUUCGACAUUAGAAGAAAGCACCCAACAAAAGCCAUGUCUUAUCUGUGUUUUUGGAAAUCAUCUUUUUUUUUUUUUUUUUUUUUUUUUUUAUUUGACAUCUCAGAUGCAGACCAAUUAAUCAUGGUGCUUAAAGCUGAAGAUGUCUCAAAUCAUCUUCAAGCCAGUGCAGACCUCUUGAAGUUACAUCAGUAUACUGUUUUUAUCAUUUUAAUGAAAAAGGCAUUGAAGGAUAACUGUCACGUCAAUUUUAUGGCAUCGUGGUACCGUAAACUGAAGGUCUAUCACCUUCAUAUCAAUGCAAGUAAUGGUUUAUAUAAAUACUGUAAUUUCAUACUAAGAAUAAGAAUACUUUAUUGAUCCCUGAGGGGAAAUUGAUUAUCAAAAAGAGAAUAUUGACACUGUUUAGUACAGUGACCUCAAAAGGGACAUUUCCGAUCUGUCUAAUAUGUUUAGAGUGCAAUACAAUAGUUUCAGCUUAUGCUUGGAAAUGUAAACUGCUCCGUUAUCGUCCAGCCUGGUGGUGAGGAGAGUAGAAAGGAGUUUUUUCAGAGGGCCUUUUAGAUCAUAAAAUCCCCACAGUGAUAAACAUUAGUGAGGAAGAUCAUGACAUUUUGUCUCCGUCCCAUUAUGUGAAGUCUUUGAGUCAUAAAAUGUGUUUUAUAUUUUAAAUAUGCUGGACCAUGACCAAUGUUGGCAUGCAGAGGAUUUUGAAGGACAUGUUUGUUACCAGUGGGAUUGUAUUUCAAGUACUUUUACAGUACUUUUCAGAAGUAUUUUUCCACAUAAAAUGGAAUGUUUUGUUUUAGUUGUUAUU